GCCGCUCGGCGCGGGCCCCGGGCUGAGGGUCUCCCGCGGGGGGAGCGCGGCCCCGCCCUCCGCGGCCCGGGUGUCCCCCGGGGUGUGCGUCCCCCGAGCAGGGCCCCUGGUGUGCAUGUAGCAGGGCCCAGGCCCGCCGGCCCCAACCUCAGCCUGCCACCUGCCGACAGGCUCCGUGACCUUGGACGCGUUCCUUAGCCUCCCUCCUCUCCCUCUUCCGCAGAAGGUUCUGGGGUGUGGUGAGAGACCCCGUAUUUAAUUGCUUAGCAGAGUUGCGAGGUGAAAUUGAGCACGAGGUUCAAAGAGUAACUGCCCCAGGACAAGCCACUAGUAAAGUGGAAGUGAGGCCUCUACCAGUCAAUGGGACCCCUUGUGAGAAUCGAAUCCACUGAGUUAAAACGACCAGCAGACAUUAGCCUGAAAAUCUGGAAGCAGGAAGUGGAAUCGGCAUCUUUGCUUGCGGUGCAGGAAUCUGACCAUGCAACAGGCUCGAGAUAAGCCCCGUAAGAACAGCCAGAAGCAGAGCGGCCAGGAGUGGUUGCUCUUGUGUAAUCCCAUGCAAGUGUCAGUAUCUGUUGCCAAAUACUGAAAGAGAAGUCGAUGCCAGCUGAUCGUCAUAAAAGCUUUCCCAGCACUUGUGGCUUUGGAGGCCAAGGACACAGGGCACCCUGAUACAUAAUGUGCAAAGGAUGCCCAGGAGAUCAGCCCCUGUGAGCUGAGGUGGUUCAGCAUGUUGACUCUCAAUAUAGACAGGUUCUGGCCUGGCCUGCUGAUCACGCUGGGCUCCCUCUGCCCGGGAGGAUCACCAUGCGGCAUCUCCACGCACAUAGAGAUAGGACACAGAGCUCUCGAGUUUCUCCACCUUCAGGAUGGGAGUGUUAACUACAAGAAGCUGUUGCUUGAACACCAGGAUGCCUACCAGGCCGGAGCCGUGUUCCCUGAUGCGUUCUACCCCAGCAUCUGCGAGAGAGGGCAAUUCCACGACGUGUCUGAGAGCACUCACUGGACCCCCUUUCUGAAUGCAAGUGUUCAUUACAUCCGAGAGAACUAUCCCUUUCCCUGGGAGAAGGACACAGAGAAAUUGGUAGCUUUCUUGUUUGGAAUCACCUCUCACAUGGUGGCCGAUGUCAGCUGGCACAGCUUGGGGAUCGAACAAGGAUUCCUUAGGACAAUGGGAGCCGUUGAUUUUCAUGACUCCUAUUCUGAGGCGCAUUCGGCUGGUGACUUCGGUGGAGAUGUGUUGAGCCAGUUUGAGUUUAAUUUUAAUUACCUUGCACGGCGCUGGUAUGUGCCCAUUGAAGAUCUGCUGGGAAUUUACAAGAAACUCUAUGGCCGAGAAGUCAUCACCAAAAGUGCAAUUGUUGACUGUUCAUACCUUCAAUUCUUGGAAAUGUAUGGUGAGAUGUUAGCUAUUUCCAAGCUUUAUCCCACUUUCUCCAGAAAGUCCCCAUUUUUGGUGGAACAAUUCCAAGAAUAUUUCCUGGGGGGACUGGAUGACAUGGCGUUUUGGUCCACUAACAUCUACCGUCUGAUGAGCUUCAUGUUAGAGAAUGGGACCAGUGACUGCAACCUGCCCGAGAACCCUCUGUUCAUUGCAUGUGGCGGCCAAAAAACAAGCACCCAGGGCUCUAGAGUACAGAAAAAUGAUUUCCAUAUGAACUUGACUGCAUACCUAACUAAAGAUGUUGGGAAAAAUAUAAAAUAUACCCAAAGAGGUGUGUCCUUUAGUGUGGACUCCUGGACCUCGGAUUCCCUGACUUUUAUGUACCAGGCUUUGGAAAGGAACAUACGGACAAUGUUUACAGGCUCUCAGCAGUCAUGGAAACAUGUCUCCAACCCUUUGGCCUCUUAUUACCUGUCUUUUCCCUAUGCAAGACUUGGUUGGGCAAUGGCCUCGGCUGACCUCAACCAGGACGGGUACGGCGACCUGGUGGUGGGCGCCCCGGGCUACAGCCGCCCCGGCCACGUCCAAGUUGGGCGCAUAUACCUCCUCUACGGCAAUGACCUGGGCCUGCCCCCCAUCGACCUGGAUCUGGACAAGGAGGCCCACGUGAUCCUGGAGGGCUUCCAGUCCUCAGGUCGGUUUGGCUCGGCUGUGGCUGUGUUGGACUUCAACCAGGACGGCGUGCCUGACCUGGCCGUGGGAGCGCCCUCAGUGGGCUCUGAGCAGCUCACCUACACGGGUGCGGUGUACGUCUACUUCGGCUCCAAACAAGGAGGAAUGGCUGCUUGCCCCAACGUCACCAUCUCCUGCCAGGACACCUACUGUAACUUGGGCUGGACACUCUUGGCCGCAGAUGUGAAUGAAGAUGGAGAGCCCGAUCUGGUGAUGGGCUCCCCUUUCGCACCAGGUGGAGGGAAACAGAAGGGAAUGGUGGCUGCGUUUUAUUCUGCCCCCAGCUGGAGCAACCAAGAAAAGCUGAACGUGGAGGCGGCCCCCUGGAUGGUGCGCGGUGAGGAGGACUUCUCCUGGCUAGGCUACUCCCUCCACGGGGUCAGCGUGCACAACAGAACUUUGCUGUUGGUGGGGAGCCCAACCUGGAAGAACUCCAGCAGUCUGGGCCAUCUGUUCCGUGCUCAGGAUGAGAAACAGAGCCUUGGACGGGUAUAUGGCUAUUUUCCCCCAAAUCGCCGAAGCUGGUUUACCAUUUCUGGAGACAAGACGAUGGGGAAGCUGGGAGCUUCCCUGUCCAGUGGCCAUGUGAUGGUGAACGGGACCCGGAAACAAGUGCUGCUCGUUGGAGCCCCGACUCAUGAUGAGGUGUCCAAAAUGGCAUUCCUGACCAUGACCUUGCACCAAGGUGGGACCACUCGGAUGUACGAACUGACCCUCAACGCACAGCCUGCUCUGCUCACCACCUUCAGUGGGGACCGCCGCUUCUCUCGAUUUGGUGGAGUUCUGCACCUGAGCGACCUGGAUGGUGAUGGCUUAGAUGAAAUCAUUGUGGGAGCCCCACUGAGAAUAACAGAUGUCACCUCUGGACUGAUGGGGGGAGAAGAUGGUCGUGUUUAUGUUUAUAAUGGCAAACAUAUCACCUUUGGUGACAUGACAGGCAAAUGCAAAUCAUGGACAGCUCCAUGUCCUGAAGAAAAGGCCCAGUACGUACUGGUUUCUCCUGAGGCAAGUUCAAGAUUUGGGAGCUCUGUGAUCACCGUGAGGUCGAGAGACAAGAAUCAGGUUGUCGCUGCUGCUGGGAGGAGUUCUCUGGGAUCCCGGCUCUCUGGGGCCCUGCACGUCUACAGCCUGGGCCUUGAUUAAAGACUUCACCGUGUUUUCCAACCCUGCGUGCCCUCCCUCGUGCCAAGUCAGCUCCAGGGUGAGCAUUCUGGUGGAUGAAGCGGGACAUCAGGGGAGCCCUGGGAGAUCCUGCAAGAGGAUGCAUGCCUCCCUGGGAACAUGAUACAGUCUCUCCUUCCUUGCUUCCCUUGUGUUUAAGCUUAUUCCCAACUUACUGCCUGUGCUUGGACCUGUUGUACAACCUCUUUCCUCUUCCACAUGAAUACCUGGGUCUUUCUGAUGCUUGGAAAGGCUCUGUGGUUCUUUUAGGAAAACCUCUGUCACCAUUUCUCCUAAAAUAAAUGUCCUUUUAAAAAUGGUGCCCCAACCAAUAAAAGUGAACUAGAAAGCAUA